ACUCUUUUUGUCCCUCCUGCCACUCCGUAGAGGACAUGUACUAAAACAUGCUAAUGUUUGAGACUGAAUGAAUCAUCUCUCGGUGACUUAAGUUACACUUUUUUUUUAAUUUAAACGCACGUUUCCAAAGGCGCAUCCAACUACAUUGAGUGGUCUUUUUACGUCCUUUAUAUCGUAGCCUGUCGCCUUAAAGCCAUUUUCGCGCUCACGAGGCGGCUAAGCUAGCUAAGCUAAGCUAGUUAAACGCAGCUGACACUAAUAUUACUAUUAAUUGCUUGAUUAUUAGGCGUAAUGUCGGCCGUGCAGCAGGGAGAAGGGAGGAAGCGGAACAAGAAGCACUAUGUCGGCCAGCCGCACAACAAACGGUGGAGGGGCGGCAGGGAGCUGGAAGUGGGCAUGGAAGGCAUCCUCGUCACCUGCAACAUGAACCAGAAGAAGUGCACCGCCGAGGCCUUCGACCUGCUCAACGAGUACGCCGAUAAACUCUACGGCCCAGAAAAGUUUCCAGGGGGCGAGGGGAGCUGCCCCGACGAAGACGUGGACGAUGCGCUGAAGAGGGAAGUGGCGCAGCUGAGAGCGCCCCCUGGUUACCAAGAGCGGCGUUUCCAGGCCCUUGAGAGCGGCGCCAACAAUGUCAUCUUCAUCAGAACCCGCAAUCUGGAGUCAGACAAGCUGGUGCAUCACAUCCUGUCAGAUCUGCACGCCACCAAGAAGAAAAAGACGCGCGUGAUCCUUCGAAUGCUGCCGGUGAUGGGGACAUGUAGGGCCUUCCUGGACGACAUCCUGAACUACCUGUCCAACUUCUUGCAGCCCUGGUUCAAGAGGCCCAACACGGCCACCUACCAGGUGGUCUACAAGGCCCGCAACAACAACCACAGCAAGAGGGAGGACGUCAUCAAAUCCGUCGCAGGCCUGGUGGGGAAGAUGAACUCCAAGAACAGAGUCAACCUGUCCAAGCCGGACCUCACCAUCAUGCUGGAGGUCAUCAAGGCGGUGUGCUGUGUCAGCGUGGCCAGAGAAUACACCGUGUACAAGAAGUACAACUUACAGGAAGUGGUCAGAGACGACCCCCCCAAGACGGAAGACGGCCCCAAGACGGAGGAGCCUGAGAAGGCAGGUGACAAAGCAGCAGAAGAGGGAAAGGAAGACGACAAAGCAGCAGAGGAGGGAAAGGAAGACGACAAAGCAGCAGAGGAGGGAAAGGAAGACGACAAAGUUGAAGAGAUGGAAGGCGACAAAGUAGAAGAGAAAGAAGGCGAGAAAGUAGAGAAGGAAGACGACAAAUCAGCAGAGAAGGGAAAGGAAGAUGACAAAGUAGAAGAGAAGGAAGACGACACAGUAAAAGCGUCAGAGGAGGAGAAGGAAAGAAAAGCGGUAGAAGAUGGUGUAGAGGAGCAGAAGAUGGCAGGUAAAGGAGACGUGGAGGAAGAAGAGAAGACACAGGACUGUGACGAUAAAAAAGAUGGAGAGUGAGUUUUUGUUUUGUUUUUUUCUUACAUGGAAGCUUAUUUUUAAGUCCAUAACCCAUCAGUCAAGUUCAGCAAAAAUAACAGUAUAUGUUUUUAUGUAUUAUGCUGUUUUCAAUCUUCAACAUUUUGUUUUUUUAUGUAUCUUAAUUAUUUUCCUUUAAUUUUCAUAUUCAUCAGGUCAUCCUGUGUCACACUUCUGUAAAGUUCCUCCAUUAAAAGUCGCCCUUAUGUG